AUGGAUAACUGGAGCAUAAGCCCGGAUGUCAUCGCCUGCAAUGCAGCCUUAACGGCCUGCGCCGCAUGCAGCUGGAGAUUGGUGUUGCAGCUACUGGGUUCUUUCCCGUCGAGAAGGUUGACACCAGACGUGGUGUCUUUCUCCGUUGCCGCCAGCGCCUGCCGCAGCACGCAGUGGCAGGAGGCUUUGAGCUGCUUGCAGGGCGCUGUGGAUGGGGCUCUGGCUCCCGAUGCAACUUUAUGGAGCGCUACCAUCACCGCCUGUGGUGAUGCUGGGGAGUGGCAGAGGGCUUUGGAGCUUUUCGCCUCCUCCCGGCGCGUGGCCGAUGCCGGGCUUUUUGCAGCCGCGGUUCGCGCCUGUCAGGUUGGAGUUCAAUGGCAGCUGGCGUUGCUGGUGCUGCGCGAGAUGCGUCUGGCAGGUGCUUCUGGGCCCAAGCUGGAGAAGGGGACCAAAGACGUCCGCGAUGAUCGGCUGGUGGCUUUCGGCGCUGCGCUGAGUGCUGCGGAGCGGCGCAACUGGUUGUGGGCCCUGCACCUGGCCGAAGCUCUCGGCCAGGAGGGCCUGUGCCAGAACGUGAUCACGCGCAGCACGGCAGUCAGUGCUUGGGGUCGCGGCUAUCGCUGGCAGGAGGCUCUGACGUUCCUGCACGGUGCUGGGCGCGAGUCGGUCCAGGCGAACGUUUUCACCUACACUGCCGCCAGUUCAGCGGCCGAAAAGGCACAGCGCUGGCGCAUGGCACAGCAGCUGCUCUGCGUGGUGGGCUGUCAAAACGUCGAGCCCAACGUGCAGGCCUUUAGCGCCCUGUGCAGCGCCUGGGCCGAAAACGGGUCCUGGCGCCAAGCUGCGGCGCUCGUGCAAGCCAUGCAGACAGCGGGGCCUCAGCCGAAUCAAUUCACCUACAACGGCCUGGCACGCGCCUGCCAGCGGGGGGACAGCUGGACGCACGCGCUGCGACUUUUCGCCACGCUAGACGAGGGAAGAGACGGAGUUCAGCCCGAUCUCCUGACCCUCGACGCCUCCAUCAAGGCCUUUGAGCGUGGAGGGCAGACGUGGCUCCUGCCACCUCUUACCCGCGCGCUCACGUCAGUGAAGGCCGCAGAUGGCAACCAGGAAUCUUUGGUUCUCGAGCUCUUGGGCCACGCCCUUUCGUCAACGCAGGCCGCAGCCUUUGCCCGGAAGCGGGUGGCGCCAGUACUGCGGCGGCUCCGAGGCUGUCUGGGGUCAGGGAGCCGGGACGACGUUCUUGCCGCCCAGUUCGGCCUGGGGGAGCUGUUCACAUCCCAUGUGCUGGAAGAAGCUUCCCUGUCAGCCCACACUGGGAUGUCGGGACCGGCUUGGCUACCAGGCGCCCGGCAUCCGGUGCGAUCACGCGGUGAAAAUUCUCCUUCCGAGCCCCGAGCCCAGGAACUGGCGGCGUCGAUUGCGAUGUGGUCAGAGAAGGCCCAGGCUCGAUGCCGUGCGUUUGGCCAUGGUGGAAGCAGGCGCUACGAAGACAUGAAGCUGCUGACACAAGUGUAUGUUGAGCAUGAUCGGCUGUGGCACUCCGAGCGGCAUGCGUUGCUGGCUUUGCUGAGCCAGCUUCUGAUUAGCACCUUCGCGCCGCAGGGAUCAACCAAGCAUGCGUCACCGCUCUCAGAUCAGCACAACAAGCAAGAGACCGAUAGCCCGGGAAAGAUGGUCACUUGCAGCAGACCUACGCCGGCCGCUGCUGCCGCUUGUCCGCACAUCAAUGUGGUAAUGGCCGACGACGAAGAAGAUUAUGCUGCAGCAGGCAACCGGGAGCUGUUCGAGAAGCUGUUGGAGAAUUUGCAGAGGGAAGGCGACUUGCUCAGCCGCAAGCUGUAUGACUAUGCAGACGCAGACUACAGCGGGGACGUUAGCAGUGAGGAGGUCCUGGCAGUUCUCAGCCGGCUCGCCGCGGAGCUGGGGCUCCCAGAGGAGGCGAUUCAGAGCCUCAGCGUGGCGGCACCAGAGCUUGAAGCAGAGGAGCAGCGUCGAAGAUGGUCGGACUCCCUCCAACAGCUCUGCGCCGAGGCUGGCGCGACGAAGUUUAAGGAGAAGGUGCGGGAGCUGCUCCAUGGUCCUUUGCCCGGGGAGCCCCGCAUCAUCCUCGGGCCGGUCAUCGGGAAGGUGACGGAGUCUUCCGCCCGAAUUCUCGUGGAGGCGAGCCACGACGUGGACAAUUUCAGUUGUGCAUGCAACGCUGAGGGCUCCAGCAGCGCAGCCACGGCCAAGAUGACGCUGAAGGCGAGGCGGCCCUCGGUUGUGAAGCUGGAUGGACUGGCCCCCUCGACGCUCUACAGCGUGGAGGUGCAGGGCGCCAAGCUGCUGGUCGACCGCUGCAGCUUCCGCACGCUGCCGGCGGGGGGUUGGAGGCUGGGGGACGGUCGCCCACCUUGCUUUGCCGUCGCCAGCUGCAACUGCGUCUACGAGAACCGGAAGCGAGGUGCCUCGCGAGAAGACCUGUGGGCAGAGCUGAAGUCGCGUCUGGAGUCGGGGUUCCCCGUGGAUUACAUGCUCCAUCUAGGUGACAAUGUUUACCUGGACAGCGACCUGCAUCUCGUCGAGAAGGGCAAGAAGAGACUCGAGGACUGGGAUGACUGCAAGUGGGGCGUGGCCCGGGACUGGCUGACAAAAAUGGACGACCCCUCCAAGUGGUCAGAGCACGAGAAGGAGAUCGAGGAGCACUUCCGGAACGUGUACCGGGAGACGUGGGGUCACCGCCCCACGCGAUGGGUCUUGGCCAAUGUGCCGAACCUGAUGAUCCUUGAUGAUCACGACAUCCGUGAUGACUGGGGAGACCGACCGGAGGACAAGGACGAAAAGUCCGUUGACAGGUUUCUGGCUGAUAUCGCCUAUCGUGUCUACAACUCCUACCAGCGACUGCUCUACGAGGAUCCCGAGAUGCAGCCGGAUGGGAGGAGUUGCGCGCCGAAGUGCGACCAUCACAUGCACGCCUUCGGAGACGUGGGCUUGCUUUUCGUGGACGUGCGGGGCUGCAAGACUUUUCACUGGAACCCGUCAGAGGACAUCGCGGUCCCCAUGCUUGGUCAGGCACAGUGGUCGGCCAUCCAGCAUGAGUUGGCAGAAGGUUCCGCUGGGCGAAACUGUUUCGAUCUGAUCUGA